UCUCAAGCCCUCCUGCUCAGGGUGGGGGGGCGGAGGACAGUGUCUAUAAAAGCCGGAGAGGGACAGAGACCAUUUCAUUUGCUGACUUGUUCCAUUUCCACCGAACACCAUGAGCACGAACAUGGAGACCCAAAGGGUGGUGGCGUCUUCUUACAGGAAGAGGUUUGGGGCGUCGGGGAGCGGUGGAAGGACAUCCCUGUCCUCUGGCCGAUUCGCCGUCCACAGCUCUCCCCGGCUCUCGCACUCCAAUGUCACGGCGCGCCGCAGUGGAGUCGUCCUGGGCUCCUUCACGCCCGACAAGCUGGACUUCUCCCUGGACACCGUGCUCAAAGCCCAGUACAAGGAGACGCGCACCAACGAGAAGGUGGAGAUGAUGGAGCUCAACGACCGCUUCGCCAGCUACAUCGAGAAGGUGCGCUUCCUGGAGCAGCAGAACAAGGUGCUGGUGGCCGAGCUGAACCAGCUGAGGGGCAAGGAGCCCACCCGCCUGGGCGACAUCUACCAGGACGAGCUGCGCGAGCUGCGCAAGCAGGUGGACCAGCUGAGCACCACCCGCGCCAGGCUGGAGAUCGAGAGGGACAACCUGGCUGAGGACCUGGCCCACCUGCAGCAGAAGCUACAAGAUGAGAUCAACUUGCGCCUUGAAGCUGAAAAUAACCUGAACUCAUACCGACAGGAUGUUGAUGAGGCAGCUCUUAACCGUGUUCAGCUGGAGAGAAAAAUCGAUGCCCUGCAGGACGAGAUCAACUUCCUCAAGAAGAUCCAUGAUGAGGAACUGCAUGAGAUGCAGGAGCAGGUGCUGGCCCAGCAAGUCCACGUUGACAUGGACAUGUCCAAACCAGACCUGACCGCGGCACUCAGAGACAUCCGCAGCCAGUAUGAAGUGAUGGCCACUUCCAACAUGCAGGAGACGGAGGAGUGGUACCGCUCCAAGUUUGCUGAUCUGACUGAUGCAGCUAAUAGGAACGGAGAAGCUCUGCGACAGGCGAAACAAGAGGCCAAUGACUACCGCCGCCAGAUCCAGGCGCUGACCUGUGACCUGGAAUCACUCCGUGGAACUAAUGAGUCCCUGGAGCGCCAGAUGCGUGAGAUGGAGGAUCGUUUCUCUGUUGAGUCGGCCAACUACCAGGACGCUGUGAACCGUAUGGAGGAGGAGAUCCAGAGUUUGAAGGAGGAGAUGGCGCGCCACCUGCAGGAGUACCAGGACCUGCUCAACGUCAAGCUGGCCCUGGACAUUGAGAUCGCCACCUACAGGAAGCUGCUGGAGGGCGAGGAGAGCCGGAUCACUGUUCCUGUUCAGAGCUUCUCUACUCUUCAAGUCAGAGAGACCAGCCUGGACACAAAGCUCUCCCCAGAGUCUCAUGUGAAGAGAACCAUUUUGGUGAAAACCGUGGACAUGAGGGAUGGGGAGAUAAUUAAGGAGUCCACUGCAGAGCGCAAGGACACGGCCUAAUGCCCAGCGCGAGGGACGACCAUAGCCAGCUGCUUGCUUCUCACUGUAGACUAGACACUGACCCCUUCCCCCUCCUGCCCCCUCAACCCCCCCCUCUGCUGGCCUCUGUGCAGGUGAGCGAGUGAUUGAAUCAGUAUGGGAGUGAAGAACUGGGUGAAGCUACACCUGUGAUCAGAGGUGGUUCAGGAUUCAUUGUCAAAGCCAGCCUUCCUUGAGAAUAGGCUGGACACAGUCUAGCUGUGAAGCUGCUUCCUUCGUAUUUAGAGGGCAGCCCAGAUCCUGAGGAUAUAAACUCCACUGAACACCUUCCUUUCCACAUUUAACUGUCUUAACUACUGUGUGUUCUUAAAUUGGGGGAUUUACAGUAGUCCUCAUUGUUUAUAAGCUGAUGGUGAAGAAAGGUUUGAAAUAUCAAAGCUUUCUGUUUGAUACCAUCAGUGCUUCUUGCUUGCUUCAAAUUAAUUUAAAGCGAAUGGUGCAUUCAACUAAAUUAAAACAAAUAGUUCAGUCUUUUUCUGUAAGACAUUUUGGUGUUCUAAAGCAUGCAGGAGAGAAGGAAAAGAGAGAAGAGUCCAGCAUUAAAUGAUCACGGUAUUUCCAUGAAUCUGAAUUAGGGAGGACUUUGAGAAUCAGAAGUAAUGAGGCCCUGGUUUGGAUCAACCUCCACUCGUGUUGCAGUGCAGAGGGAUUGAAACACAAUCCACUACAGCCCAGCGCAAGAGGCCUGCAAGGUGAAGCAGUGCCACUCUCAUUCUCUUUCACACUCAGUCUCUCCCUGUGUGCUCUCUGUGUAUGUUGGAUAACUCUGCUUGUUAAUGGGCUCGUUUUGUGAAAUAAUAUUUUUAAAUACAAGGUAGUUUCGGGGAGAGUUAGGAGGGGUUGUCAGAGUGGCUCGCCUGCCCCAGUUUAGCACCUUUUUUUCUUUUCUCGGCUCCCAGACCUGCUGCCUGUGGGAACACUUUAGCAAUCCGUUAGAAUGCGGAAUUUGUUUAGCAUGUAGCAGAGAGCAGUGGUUGAUGUCGUAGGUCUGUGUGUAAGUGAAUGAAAGCGAGACGUUGGAGCUGUGGGACAGAAGCGCUGAAGGAAAUUAGGAGUAGAAGAGGGGAGUUUGUUAGUUUUUUUUGUUUCGAGUUUUUGGGUUCCCCUGUGGUUGGGACAGACUUCAUCACCUUAUGGAACAAUAAAGCAAGCCGACCUUCGGUUUUCCCUUUCCUUCGUCUUGUUUUAAGCCCCUUCACCCUGUACCAAGUUGCAGGGUUUUGAAAGUACAACAUGGUGCUUCCACAAAUUGUCACAGUGGCUUAAAGAACAUACUUUUAAUGUGUUUAAUCUGUUGUAGCUCUGCCUAAUCAAUAUAUUUGGUAAUGAACUGUCCCAAUCCAGGAUUGAACCCUUGUAGAUAUUCCUUGUUAGGUUGGUCCUACUGGAGCUGAACAUACAAGAGACUGAGUUUUAACACUGUUAUAUCUCAUACAAAUCAGUCUGCUCUGUGGCUACCCUGCAAUUACUCCAGACACCUGUUAUACGAGCAGUGAAUCAAAAGUUAAUUGGAUUUGGGGCAUGCAUUUUUAGCCCUCCUUGUAAGGCAGCUGAUAUUGCCAGUAAUUAAGGCUACAAGCAAAUACAGCACAGAGAGUGGGAUUCAGUAACAGAAGCCAGUUAAUUUAUCAAAGGAAAGGAAUAAAGAAAUCUGGAAAAUAACAGUUUUUCUGUUGGUGGAAAAAAAUGUACACACUCUAAAUGUUUCUGGAAAGUAAGAAAAAUUACAAAGAAAUCACAGAGAAAAUUAUUUAAACUUUAAUUGUAGAAAUGGAGCAAACCUUGGAGGCUUACUAAGUAAACUGUGCAUUGAGCCUUAGAACUUUAAUUUUAAUAGGCAUUUUAUUGUGAUUGCCACCUAUCAUUCCUACUGCUGAGGUGAACAGAAAGUGACUUUCCAUGACAAAAUCACCUACUGUGUGUCUGUAUACUACUACAGCAAAUAAUCCUGCCAGGCUUGUUUUGCAAUAAGAGCAUGAAAUGUAUUCACAUCCUAGGGGGGGUGGAUUUCAGUAAGAAUUGUGAAAUUUGCUAUAAAUCUAACUCCAGCAUCUCCCACCUCCAUAAAGAAGUUGACAAACAAUGUUUUUGUGUCCUUCCCAAGGUUCUACAAUUAAACACGAGACCCCCUGCCCCACUAUCCAGCUUUUAAUGUUGCACCAGAGCUCUUUGAAGUGGUGGUCACAGCAAGCUCAGGCAGCCGAUAGCUCAGACUUCUAGAUAACUCUACCUACAGGCACAGCACAUUUGAGUGCUAUUAAGUUGUUUAAAAUGACUCACAACUCUUCUUAUUUUAGGAAUCUUUAGCCUUGUAACCCAUUAACAACAAUAAAAAGAAAAUAAGCUUGACUCACA